CGCACACCGUCCGACCAGCCGACACCGACAACAAUCAAAAUGGCCGAAGAGUCGAAAGCCCCCACCAACCCCAUGAAGGAGCUGCGGAUAGACAAGCUCGUCAUCAACAUCUCGGUUGGCGAGUCCGGUGAUCGUCUUACCCGUGCCUCCAAGGUGCUGGAGCAGCUUACCGGCCAGACGCCCGUAACGUCCAAAGCCCGGUACACCGUCCGGACAUUUGGGAUCCGUCGUAACGAAAAGAUUGCCGUGCAUGUCACCAUCCGAGGACCCAAGGCAGAGGAGAUUCUCGAGCGUGGGCUGAAGGUGAAGGAGUACGAACUGCGCCGGCGCAACUUUUCCGAGACAGGGAACUUUGGCUUCGGUAUCCAAGAGCACAUCGAUCUCGGUGCUCGCUACGACCCCGGUAUCGGUAUCUUUGGGAUGGACUUUUACGUCGUGAUGGGCCGUCCUGGACAACGUGUGACGAGGAGGAAGCAGAAGAAGGCUCGUGUUGGUUUCCAGCAUAAGGUGAAGAGGGAGGAUACCAUGUCGUGGUUCAAGCAGAGGUUCGAUGGCAUCAUCCUCAAAUGAUCGCUUCCCCUGUUUCUGCCGUUUUUUCAUGUAUGCUCAUAGGACGUGUCUAUGCCUUACCAUAUGACACCCCAUGACGAAUACAGAUUGUACCGCUGCAUUUCAAUCAUAUGAUCACUGCAGUGCUCGUUUUGGAAGACGAGUACGCUCAGCGCGCCGUGUUGUUUCAUAACGGUAUAUCAUACUUCGUAUAUAUCCUGGCAAGCUGUCAUAAGCCUGCUAAAACG